UUGAGUCGAUUACCAACUAGGACAAAAAUUCAGCUACAACUUUUUACAAAGUACAUACAAUAAACAAGAGCGCGGCGUCUAAAAACAAUUGUUUAAGUUGCAAAAUAGUGUACAAAUUUUUAAAAACAGUUAUUUAUAUUUAAAACUAAGUGCUUGACUGCAUUUAAUAUCUAUUAGAUAUUUCGUUGGGUGAAACGGCGAAGUGUGAAAACCGAACGAGUGCAAAACGAAAAAGGUGAUCCCUUCCAUUGCGAUGUCCGCCGGUCUAAGUUCAUUAAAUUGCGAUCUACGUUCUUACUCGCGUCUCUGGCUCGGCGAAUUUAUUGAACUCUAUCAACAGGAAGAAUGUUUAUGGCACUCCAAGCACCCCGACUACAGCAAUCAUAGUGUACGCAAUAAGGCCUAUGAUCGGCUGGUAGAGAAACUGAAAGAAGUGGAACCUAAUCCGGAUCGUGCUAUGGUCGUGCGCAAAAUCAACUCGCUACGUUCCGCAUUCAGACGCGAAUUUCGCAAAUCAAAUUCAAAGAAUAACUACGAAACAAGGCUAUGGUACUACGACAAGUUGCUUUUCAUCGCCGAGCAAAAUACAAAACGUCUUGCAGCUAUGCGUGAUGCCAAAACACCAAAACGUUCGUUGGCAAUAAGUUUUGGUGUAGAUGAUUCGAUGGAAUUCGAGGACGAACCUAUAGUGGAACCCACUAAUGUAUCGCCCUCCGAAAGCCUCAAUCAUUCACAACCAGCUGAAAUAAAAACUGUAACGGUCACCUCAGGUGAAUGUGUUAUUGUUAAGGAUGAAGAGCAACAUCAGCAACACCAGCACCCACACCAACACCAUCACCAACAUCAGCAUCAACACGAGUUACAGCAACAGCAACACAACGCCGAACAACACAUGCAACAUGCAACAGCCGCAACGCAACCACAGCACGCGACAGAAGUUAAAGUUUUGGAAAUAACGUCAUUGGAUACCAAUUCGCAGCGCGAAAUACAGCAGGCUGUCAGUUCGCUGGAACAACAUCAGCAACAAAUGCAACAGCAACUGCAUCAACAGCAGCAGCAACAACAACAGAAUCAGGCUGGUUCAGCGCAAAUAACACAAAUUCAUCAGCAAGUUCCAACCAUACAAAUAGCGCGCGAACACUUGCAACCACUGUUUGGUAACUCUUACACAACUACAGCAACCCAUCGACAGGAGGACGAAUACGAUGCCAUCGGCAUCAAUGUGGCAUCCAAGUUGCGUGUAAUGAAUCCAACACAACGAAUUAUUGCCGAAAAACUGAUUAGUGACGUGUUGUUCAAUGGACAAUUGGAUAAUCUCAGCGUAGCCUCAACAUUGGCGCAGUGAGACGACGUUUUGCAUAUUUUAUAGCAGCCAAAAACAGAGGUAACAUAGUGCAGGUUCAAUAUGUAUGUAGGUGUGAGAAAAACUUCUUGAAGCACAUUUUAUUAAGGGGUUAGGUGGGUUUCAAAAGCUCAAAAUAGGUACAUUUUUAUGAAUUUUUUUUUAUUUAAUCAACAGAAUAUUUCAUUCCAUCAAUUUAACACAUAAAAGAUACAUAUUUUAUAAGUAGUUUGUGAAAUUUUCAUUGAAAAAAUUUUGAAAAUUAAGGCGUGGACACGUCGUCUCCUAUGGCCCCUCAAAAAAAAGUUCUCUCGGCGUAGUCAGGAUAACUCAUGACAGAUUCAUCUGAAAUUCAAAAACAAAAAAUUUUCUGUUAGUAGAUGUUUCAAACUCGUGCUUGGACGAAGGAAAAAAAAAAACAAAAAUUACAUUUUUGGCGGCGUUGAAAACAAAAAACCCUUAUUUUGAGUAGAAUUUGCACCCUUCAUGCCCUUGAAAAAUUACUUGGAAUAGAAAAAAAAAAAAAUUUCUUCGUUCAAGCACGAGAUAAUGUUAUUCCAAAGAUAUGUGCAAAAUUGGAACAAAAUCGCUUCAUAACUUUUCGAGAAAUCGUGUCCACCGACUUAAAAAAUCGAGUUUUGAGAUAAACGCGUUUAAAAACGAAACGCUGCACUGACAUGGCCUGAUGGGCGGAACUUCUGAAGGGUCUAUCUCGUAGAAUUUUACUCGAAUCAAUUUGAAAUUUUAGGAGAAUAUUUUAAACAUAUUAUACUAUUUAAUAAGACAAAAAAAAAUAAAUCGAUUUUUUGAAAUUUUGAAACCCACCUAACCCCUUAAAGAAAUUAAACAAGAAAUAAUAUUUCCUCAUUUAAGAACAUGAAAAUAUGUGGAAGAUGUUCUGCAAUACAAUACUGGUGCAUUGUAUGUAUAUCAUUAGACUAAGUACAUACACAUAUUAAUAAGAAGUUUAUAUUUAGUUGUUUCUCAAACAUUUGACUAUCUCUUUUUGAGAUGAAAUUGUGUUGUAAAUAUCGUAUAAAGUUUUGGAUUUAGUUAAGCGUAUUCGUUUUCUAACUGACAUUUAUAUUAUAUUUGCAUUGUCAUCUCAAAUGUUUGUGCAGGUUGCUUCACGUUUGCUUUACGUCAAACGGACAAACAUGUGCUAUAACAACAAAUUGUGCACUAAUGUAUGUUAGAGCUCAGCCUCACAACAAAAUAUUAACAUAAGUCUUAAUUUUGUAUUUGAGUUUUAAGUGCUGGAGUGUAUCAAUUAAAUUUAGCGUAAGUAAGCUUGUGUAUUUAAGUUUUGGAAUAAGUGCACAGGGAAAAUAAUUCAAUAAAGUGUAUUUUAUUGUA